AUGGGGGCAGGCAAGAAGCCUCAGGCGGCGAGGAGACACGCGCCAGGUGCCUCCGCGCGGUCGGAGGAUGCGGCGCCGGACGGGAAGAACGAGCUGAAGAAGCGCCAGGCUUCGAAAGAGCAGGCAGCCUUGGCCAGACAAGCCGGCAAGAAGCUGCAGAAGACUGCUGGGCUACAGAAAAUCAAGUCCGUUUCUUCGUCUACCGCGUCUUCUUCCAUGAUGGCGAAGUCAAACGGGAAGAGACCGAGCUCCGCCGCAAAGGGAGCGCACGCUCUACAGGAGAGAAAACCGCGCAGCGGAACUCAGAAGAAAAUGGAAGAAGAAGAGGAGGAAGACGAGGGGGAAGAAGAAGAGGAGGACGCAGAGGUCGAAGAGGAGGACGCAGAGGUCGAAGAGGAGGACGCAGAGGUCGAAGAGGAGGACGCAGAGGUCGAAGAGGAGGACGCAGAGGUCGAAGAGGAGGACGCAGAGGUCGAAGAGGAGGACGCAGAGGUCGAAGAGGAGGAAGAUGAGGAGGAAGAUGAAGGUGAGGAAGAAGAGGAAGAUGAAGAAGACGCUCUUUCGUCUUCUCUCCGUGCAGUGAAACCUCAGAAGCGGAGCGAGCCGGCGCCGACUUCGUCUGCAGAAGAGGACGAAGAAGGUGAAGAGGACGGCGAAGCCGACGCUGAGGCGUCAAAAGGAGAAGAUCCUGCGGCCGCUGCGGAAGCCGAUCCUUACCUUCUCGCCGAGGCGCACUACCUUCGGAAAGAAAAACGAUGGGUAAACCGCCAGCGCGUGCUGGUUCUGGGGAGCCGAGGCGUGACUUUUCUUCAGAGACACCUAAUGGAGGACUUCAAGAAGCUUCUUCCUCAUCACAAGGCCGAGUCCAAGUGGGAGAGGAAGCAGACAAUGAAGGACAUCAGCGAGCUGGCGCAGCUGAGAUCAUGUAACAACGUUCUCUACUUCGAGAGCCGAAAGCGCGACCUUCUGUUGCAUGUGUCAAAGAUCCCUCACGGUCCGACGGUCAUCUUCCGCGUCCUCAACAUUCACACGCUGGCAGAGAUGAAGAUGACGGGAAACUGUCUGCUUCACUCGCGCCCGCUGCUGCUUUUCAGCCCCGAGUUCGGCUCCGAGCACUCUCCAGCGCCGCCUCACCUCGCGCUGUUGAAGGAGCUGUUCAUUCAGGUCUUUGGAACGCCGCGAAACCACCCCAAGGCGAAGCCGUUCUUUGAUCACGCGUUCGCCUUCUACAAGUUCGACGGCAACCGCAUCUGGUUCCGCCAUUAUCAGAUUGCGCCUCUGGUGGGAGGUGAUGGCGGCGACGCGGAUAAGCCGGAUCGGCAAACGUUCAUUGAAAUUGGGCCGCGGUGCGUCCUCGAGGUUGUAAAGAUCCUGGACGGCGCGUUCAGCGGAAAGACGCUCUGGAGCAACAAACACUACGUCUGCUCAAGAGACCUCGCCGCGCUCCAACGCGUGGCUCGUGCGCAGACGUACGCGCAACGCGUCAUGGCUAAGGAGAAGCGCAGUGAGCGCCUGGAGAAAUCGCUCAUCGAAGAGAGUCCGUUGGCUUUCGAGAACGUUUUCGGCGACUUCGUCAAAGACGCUGACGAGGCGCGGUCCAAGAAGAAACGGAAACUCGGAGCGUGA